UUAUCGUCGCGGGUCCUGUUUUGACGAUGACCUAUUUCGACGCCAUCUUUUUUUUCCUUCCCAAUCGCGCAAGCGACAUCGAUGACGUCACUUACUAUACACACUAUUGUAGUACACACGUUUUACUAUCGCUUACGAAAAUUAUGUGGAAAGUGAGGGAUGCAAAGGUACCACAGAGGAAGUACAGAUGUUAUUCCCCAACCUCUAUGGUAACAGCAUUAGAGAAGGUCAGGCAGACAGGUGCCCCUAUCAAAACCACAGCUAGGGAGUUUGGCAUACCUGAGGCCUCUCUCAGACACAAGCUCAGUGGCAGAGUUGACCCUGAAGCUACACAUUCUGGACCACCACCAAUGUUUACCCAAGAGGAAGAGUGCCAUUUUGUGGACCAUCUGAAAUUCAUGUCAGAGUGUGGAUAUGGCUAUAGCAGAGCAGAAGUUGUGGACAUGGCAAGUGAGUAUGCUAUAUGCCUAGGCAAACGGGACAGUGAGCACCCGCUUUCAUUAAAGUGGUUCCGUGGAUUUAUGUCACGUUGGCCAGAACUCAAAGUAUUGAAACCACGUGGACUGGAAAUUCAGAGGGCUAAGGCAACCACCGUGGACUGUGUAACCAAGUAUUAUGUAGAACUUGGAUCCAUCUUGGACAAGUACAGCCUGAAAAACAGACCUGAACGGAUCUACAAUGUCGAUGAAAAGGGGUUGUCUACUUCCCAUACCCCGCCUGCAGUGGUUACAGGUCUUAACUUUAAACCGCAAGCUGUCACCUCUGCUUCCAGGACACUUGUGACUGUGAUAGGCUGCGGUAAUGCCCUGGGCUAUAGUGUGCCACCUUUUUUCAUUUUUCCUGGUGCAAGGAUGAGGCCGGAUCUGUUGGAGGGUGGAAGUGCAGGUACUGAUGGGACUGUCACAGAAUCUGGAUGGAGUAACAGCACAGUAUUCAGAAGGUACAUUGAACACCAUUUGAUAAAAUACUUACCUGAACGUUCUGUUGAAGAUCCUGUACUUGUACUCUAUGAUGGACAUAAGUCUCACAUUAAUUUGAACCUGAUUGACUGGGCCAAGACACAAAAUUUGAUACUGUUCAUCCUUCCUGCACAUACCAGUCAUGUUUUGCAGCCACUUGAUGUGGGUUGUUUUGGACCGUUUGAAAGAGUGUACAGUGCUGUGUGUCACAAGUUCAUGCGCGAGCACUGUGGGCAGAGCAUUACACGUUACAAUGUCUGCUCACUUGGAUGCUCAGCUUAUUCAAAGGCUCUGUCAGCUGGUAACUUACAGGCUUCAUUUCGGAAGACAGGCAUCUACCCUUACAACCCCAAUGCUGUUGAUCCAUCCAACUUCAAGCCGUCUGAAGCCUUACAGCAGGAAACAACUCCAAAGAGCUCAGACAGCCAGCAUACUACCUCAAAAGAUCCUUCACAGUUUUUUGGUUCUAAGGCUGCUGGGAUCACUUCAAAGAAACCUCCCACUAAGAAACGGCGGUAUCUUAGUUAUGUUGUCAGUGGUAAGGCCAUCACAGAAGAACCGGUGAUAGAGCAGAUUAAAGAGCAUGAGAAUGCCAAAGCCAAGAAGUCCACGUCUCCGAGUCGGAAAAGUAAAUCUGAACCUCAACCUGGACCAUCUGGGACUGCAAGGCCAGUAACAACUUCUGCUGACAGUGACGUCUCACUUGAUGAGGACACUGACACUGAUCUGUGCUGUGUAUGUAAUUUGUUUACCCCGCAGGAGGUCCGCCAGAGUACAUCACUCAUAUUUGUCAAGUGGGUACAGUGCACAAAAUGUGGACAUUGGGUUCAUUUAAGGUUUUGUACCCCAGUGAGAGUUGUUAGAAGGGGGGAUGAUUUUCUAUGUAAGCACUGUACUACAGAAGAGUAGAUGGACAGUAGGCUGAAUAAAGUUGACAUAGUUAUCAUGUACAUGUUUUUAUAAUUAUGUUGUUACUAUGAGGUAAACAUAGAAAUAAAAUUUAGAAAACCCAUUUAUUUAUGUGUUUACAUAUUGUAGAGGCAGGUUGCAGAUACUGGUGGAUAACGUAAGUAUCACAUUUAUCUUGUACUUGUUCCAACAGUGUGUUAUAAAGAUAUAAUUAGGCAGCCAAUCAGAGGCGUCGUUUCAGGUCACUCUCAAAAAAUAUGGCUGCUCCCAUGCAUGGCUGGAUAUGACAGCUCAAUGAAAACUAAAUAGAAAAUUUGGCUCGGUUGUACAAUCGUUGUUUAGUACAAGGUUUGUUAAAUCUGAAUAAAACAUUUAUCAACUGAAAUAAGGUAUUAGCAUUUUAAGGUGACAAAUAAUUCCUUAAGGGCGUCGAAACUGGUCACUCGAGGAUACC